CACCGUAGGAUCUCAAGUUCCAAUGCUCGAGUACGAUACUCGUCUUGAAAGCGAGGCGUAUAAUUUGUAGUAUUUGCGAGGGCCCGGGGAAGCCGCUGUAUGAUACCCUCGAGCAAUACCGGCGCUGGGGUGUGACUUCUCGUCCCUCCCCUUCUCCGCUUCUCCCUUUCUCUCUAUACUCGUUCGGGUCUCGUCACUCUACUGUACUCGAGUACAAGACAGCGUGGAUGAAUAGCAUAUCCCGCAGCGGUGCGACAGGGGCCCAGUAGAAAUUGUGCAAAGAAGGGGUGGAAGGUGAUUGAUUUUUAUCACUAGAUUAUCAUACAACUCCUCGCGGGUGAGGUAUUCAUAGUGGGGGGUUACAGUACUCUACAAGUAGCGGUUGUGAGCUGGUGAUAAGAAUAGAAGGAAGAGGGAGGGCGUUCAGGAAACCCCGAUGAGCGCCAGCCCACCCACCCCACUUUCUUUCAGGGAACCAUGCUGUGGGUGGAAGAGGUCAGUGGUGGAAGAAACGGCGAGAGUAGGAAAGGCUGCAGGCCAUGCGAGGAUCUGGGACAAGAUGUUGAGAGAGAGAGCGGAAUGUCAUCCCCACACUCGAAAAUGAAAGUGAGAUCAGCGAUGUGAGGUGAAGUGAAUUGGUGCGGUAGUAUCGUAUGCUGUAUCCGUGUUCUACUGUGCAUCCUGGGCGCCUCAGGUGCAGCAAAUUUUCUGUGAGAGCACAAGAAAAUUUUCCACAGUCGUCCUUGUUGAUGGUAAAUUACCUUUCCGCCUUCGCUCCUUGCUGCUGGCUCGUGAUAAACACCCCACCAUCACCAUCAUAAUCGUUCAUCAUUGUCUCUUACCAGACGAAGCUUCGCGGCCGACUCGCACCUCCCCCCAUCACCCUCUCUCCUCUAGUAAUUCGUGCUCCCCAUUCUAUUAACGAGCUCUCUUAUUAACUGAGCCCUUUCUCUGUUAUCAUCCAUCUUGAAUACACCCUUCAUCUCCGUUCUCCUACGGUACGAUACCGAGGACCCCUGCCGGUAGUAGCGAGGUGCAGCAUUCCCUUUCCCUGAGAACGAUUACACGAGCACCGUACCCUAUCCCGCAGAAACUCUCAUUCCUCACCUCCUUUUAUCCAUCACCGCUAUCAACUUCCGCAGUCACUGGCUCCACUGUGCUACCGGAACUGGAGCUUGAGAGACUCAAUCAUCGCGCUCGCUCAGUAACGGUGCUUUGCCGCUUCUGGAUCACACCCCCUCACCCCUCCCCCUCACCAUUUGAUCAACAACCUCCCCGCUCAGUGCCUCUCGGAAUACUGCAGGUUGGAGGGAACGCCGCCAUUCAAUAUUAUCCCAUCCGCUGCCACUGUGCCUGGAUUUUUUUUUUUUUUCCCCCAAUACUAUCGAAAAAAAAUAAUUAUUGAGUGGAUUGUUUUUUUUGGGUUGCUUCUUGGAUCCUUUGAGCACCACCUCCCCGAAACUGACUUUCGCGCCUGCGGGGGUUGUGCUUUCGUCCAACCAAGAGGGCUGUGCUCUUCCAGUUCCUGUUGUUCCAGCGCACCGAAUAAGUACACACUCGAACGACCCCGACCCACAGUAGCUAUAUUCUCCCACACAUACCCGAGCUGCAAGUGUUCUAUAGAACCUUCUCAGCGGAUCACCUCUAGUGAACUCAUUGCGCGAGACAAAAAGGUAGCAUUCCCCACCUCGUCACUUCCUUCCCUCGCCUCACACCAUAACCCCCGCCCCAUCUCUAUAGCCCACCGGGUAUUGACCUUGCAAGGCACAAACCGUAUCGUCACUCGAACCGACUGGCGUCCGUUUCGGUGGUGGACUAGGAUACCUUGAACGGUCUUCGAGAAGCAACGGAACCGGGCCUAAAGCACCAGCCUCCUUCAUAGCCAAUAUACACAUCGGUACUGUGCUCACCCACCUCGAUAGGCAAGCCUAGCUUUGAGAGGCCGGACUUUCUCACGAAUCCCAAGCAUUGCAGAUACUGGUCUCGAGUGAGGGGUUCUUUAAUUGGUGCCUGCUUCUUUGCUUAGCCUCAUACGCUCACCAAAGUUCACUACCUCCGGCCAAAGCCUCACUCUGAUCCCUACAAUCCUCUCCUUCUACCUUGCACUUUAAGGAAAAAGUAAAUCGCAAUGUCUUCUACAAAUCGUGGCCAGGAUGGACAGACGGAUGGCUUAAAUCCCCAGCACUUCGCACCCUCCACAGACGAAGAUUCGCUGUACGGUCCGACUGCAGCAGAUCAAGACUACACCGGUUUUCAAAGAUAUCCUGAGUACGGGCUGGGUCAACAGCCGCUAGAGGGUAUCAGACGAAGUACCUCACCCCAUCUUCAGGCCUCUACCCUUCCGCCACCGCAGCAUCACAAUAGCAGUCGUCAGGACUAUUCCGACUUUCCGCUGUACUCCAACCCAACCGAUCCAGCCCUCUACGAAUACGAAGAUAAAGAGGGGUUACCAGGUGGGAGUAUCAAUCCUGCGGAUUUGAUGAGCUCUACGCACUCUGCGCAUUCCUCACAGCAUAACACCCCACCGCUACUUCAUUCUAAUCAGCAACAAUCAUCCCAGCCCGAGUCAACCACUUUCCUCCCCUCGGGCUCAACUAAUCCCUCCUCCGGCUUGGAGUGGGGUUCGGUAUUUGCGCAUCAGGAGAACACUUGGAACAACCACCGCAAGGCACCUAGUGAAUACUCGGACAUCUCAUCUGCUGCUGCUAGUCCAUAUCUUCAGAACUCAGAAUUCCCCGAACACUCGUCGCCCUUACUUCAAGGAAACAACCUUCCCCAGCAGGGGCCUAUGCAAGAUUUCCUGAACUCUAACCAGGACUUUAAUACUGGUGGAGAUUCCUUUGGGCUAGAUCAGUUCAGUCUCAACGAGCGCGACGUAUCGCCUCACGUAUCACCAAGAAUUAGCCCAGCUCCUGGUCAAUUGAACAGCGGUGCCAACAGCCCUUACAUGCUGCCCCAGGAGAAUCAAUACCUUCCCUACGUUCCUCCCAUACCGCAGGAUCAGGGUAUGGGGCUUAUGCAGCCAUCACACCCUCCCGCCGGACACGGCGCUGACCUGGGAGUUGAUGGAGCUGGCCCGGGUGAUGAGGGACCUUUCCCUCAGAUUAACGUUAUAUUUGCUCCACCGCAAAGACAACCCACAUUCCCUGGUAAACCGGGAUUUACUCAUGAUGACAGUGCCCUAAGCCCGCCUCCAAAGAGUGAGUUUUAGUUCCCUUGGCAAGGUCCGGUGGUUGAAUAUUAAUUGUUCCAUAGGUCCUCAGCGUAAACGAUCUAAAUCGGACCCAUUCUCCGGCUCGUCAUCCGGUGGUAGCCCAAUCGUCCGGCCCAUGGCUAUUCCAUCAGGUUCACAAAGCCCUGUUGGGAAUCGCUCAAGGAGAAACUCUUUGAGUCCUGUGGAUGUCAUAAUAGCACCCGUUGGCAGUCCCGGAGCAUCUAGCAAUACUUCUGGUACUGGAAAAAUUUCGCGUAGAUCUUCAACCAAUUCACUUCCAAACAGGGAUUACUUCCUUGGUCUGGCAUGUCCUGGAAGGCCGGGAAAUGCAGCUAGCGAGAAGAGGGUUCAAAAACACCCAGCAACUUUCCAAUGCACACUGUGUCCCAAACGCUUCACCCGCGCCUACAAUCUCCGUUCACAUCUUCGCACCCAUACUGACGAACGGCCUUUCGUGUGCACAAUAUGCGGUAAGGCGUUUGCCCGUCAGCAUGACCGUAAACGCCAUGAAGGGCUCCACUCUGGCGAGAAGAAGUUCGUCUGUCGGGGUAACCUAAAACCGGGAGGAGCCUGGGGCUGCGGUCGGAGGUUUGCGAGAGCCGAUGCACUGGGUCGUCAUUUCCGGAGCGAAGCCGGAAGGGUAUGCAUACGUCCGCUACUCGAUGAGGAGACGGCUGAAAGGCAACGCAAUCAAAUGCUUGCGCAAGGGCAAAUGCUUGACCCUACUCUUGGCCACUUGUCCAAUCCUAGCGACCAGCAGGGUGUUGUGGGCUCCAGUUCUAUGGAUCCGGGCAAUCGAAUGGUAUUCCCCAGCGCGCUUUUAGAACAAUACCCUGCCUUAGCGAAUAUGGAGUGGGGCAACAUGGCGUCAGGAGAACAAGAUGACAUCGCAGAAGGCGAGGGCAGUAAUCGCAGCAGCUUCGAUGCUAGCGGUGGAGAAUGGGAUGAAGCAAGUGCUGGUGGUGGGUCGGCCCUGGCUAGUCAUAGAAGCAGUUAUGACGGGAGCCGUGGGGAUUGGAGUGGGAACGAAGAAUGGGCUAGCGACACUGGUGGGGAAUAUCAUCACGGGAGGUGAUAGCGACACUGGUGGGGAAUAUCAUCACGGGAGGUGAUAAUGCUGAAUCCACAGAUUCAUAUUGACGGAGUUUGGAUUUCUUUUUGGAUACCUCUGAAUUUUUUUUUCUCUUGUUUCUUUUUCCUUCUCCUCAUUUGCUUUCUCGUUUACGGUAAAGGUUGGGUUGGUCCCGGAGUCAAUCGCUUCGAACUUGGGUUUCGGUCAAUCGCUGGUUCAUCCUUUUUUCUCAUCUUUCUCUUGUUCCAUCUUCCUUUCGGGAUAGGGAUUAACCGUGACAACGGAAGAUUGCAUGGGCCUGAUGUUUACUUCUUACUCUUGCUCUACUUCUCAGUAUCUAUUUUUUUUUUCCCCACAUUUUUUCACAUUUCUCUUGUGAUUGUUUUGCUUAUUCCUUUCCCCCCUCUUUUGGUGCUGCCGCUCUGCUUGAUCGGAUGUUUGAUGACUCCUUCCGUAGACUGUUUGCUGUGUUUUCCGCUCACAAAUGUUAUUCAUACCACCGUUCCCUCUGGUCAAAUGCUGUAUUAGUUCUUAGAGCUAUCGGUGAUUGUGAAGCGAGUGAGGAGUUAUGAUAUCCUGCGUAAAUGCAUGAAAUUGUGGUACCCUA